CUCAUCGACCCUCCAAUCCUGACGCUCUGGCGCGUCACGCUCGGUGGGUUAUCUUGGUCUUAUCUGUUCCUUCGCAUCCCCGCUCUUCUUCCUCUCCUCUCUCCUCUAUUAUCCAUCAUCUUGUCGCGUACAAAUAGUGCAUACUGACCCACGACCGCUCUCCUACGUCCCGAAAUAAGCUCUCUCCAAACACCCGCUCCGACCGCCUCUCCGUUCACAAUGGCCAUUCAUCCGGAACUGCACCAACCGCAUGACCCGCCCCAGGGGUCCCUAACACUUCAGCAAACCCAUGCGAUAUCCGCCUGGACCGAACAGGCGACAGCUUCGCUGGAAGACCUCACUCUCUCUGAACCCAUCGACGUUAAUGAUGAGAGCCGGUCCUUGCGUGGCGCUUCGCUCCCGUUGACUAUCCCGCUCGAUGAUAUCCCGGUGACUGACCACCGCUCCUCGCGCGUGAGACUGGCCACGCGAACGAGCGCGCCCAAGGAACCCCAAGAGGCGAAGGUGCCGACCGUAUCGUUCCGGAAGAGGGAACCGCUUCGUCGGGAUAGUCUGAGGAGGCGCGAGGCCUUGCAGAAGGGGAAGGACGGGAGCCGGAGGAGACAGCGUUGGGAGAACGACCGUCUACUCCAUAACCCGUGGGCUGAACCUCCCUCUCCGAAUGACUGGGUCGUUGGGCCUACCUACCCCCGUCACGAGCACGUGCCAUAUUACCUCGCCCCUCUUUGGGACCAUCACUAUGCGCAUAUCGAUAAGAAGACCACAGUCACCAAGGAAGAGAAGCACCGCAUUCCAAAGGAACUGCGCCUGAGAUUGAAACAUGCCCGUGCGGCGCGUGGCAUGCUCCAGGAUCUUGAGGAAGAUAUCAGACAAUUCAUCCACAACUGGAAUGAGAAGCAGCUUUUGCUGCACAGGGAGGGCCUCCAAGACGCACCAGAGUCUGACGAUUCCGAGGAUGAAGUAGUCUUUGUGGGAAGAAACGGGCAAAUGCACGAUUCGCCUGCGCACAAAACUAGGCUUCAAGAGAUACGCGAGGCGAUGUACACACAUGAUGAGCGUGACGGUGAGAAGAUGGUGCUUGAGAGUCAGGUUGAGGAUCGGACUGCUAGGUUUGGUCGCUGGCUUGUCCACUCCAUUGCCUCUUAUUACGGCCUGCACACCUGGUCCGUAACGGUAGGGGAGCCGGCGCGGCGUGAGGCCUAUGUUGGCUUUCGCCCACCAGCUCCUGACAGGCGUGGUCUGAUUUCGGUUUGUCGUCAGGAGGCUAUGAUCAAGCCUGGAGAGGCUCUCCCUCCGCCUCUUUCGACCCAGAUCUAGAUGCAUCGGGUACUGUAUAGUUUGAUAGUCGCGGUGAUUGGUGUUCAGCUGGGUCUGGUUUUGUUCGGUGAUUUAAUUGUCGACUGAUAUAAUAGAUCUUCGAGGAUUGGGUUCUGUGUACAUAUGAAUGAUCAUAAUCGUCAUGCCCAUAACGAAGCAUCAUAAAUAUGGAUCCGUAAUCAAUCCACAUCCAAUCCUCCGGC